AAUGUUGGCAUUCUUGCUUUGAAUGUCAAACAGUGCGGUUGUCUCUUUUCGGUACUCGUAAAUUUACACCAGCAAAGCCAGACAUACAUAAAUUAGAAUUCCUACUUUCAAUAAGCAUAAAUACCCAAAAUUUAUUUAAAGUAAUCUCAAACGUAACGGCAAAUUGAUAUUUUUUCGAAAUAUCAAAACUAAAAUAUACAAAAUUCACUAAAAAAAAAAUUAAAUUUUUUUCGAGCAAUUUUGUAGCUUAGUACUUAAAAACGCAUUACCGUUGCGUUAUUGCUAUCUAAUUUACUUGUAAUUAAAAGUUAUUUAAAACGGAAUUUUGUAGUUAAACAAAGACUGUUCGAAUCGUAUAACGAUAGCAUACUUAGUAAGCGCGCUUAGCAUAGUUAGUUUGGAAGUUUCUGGAACACAGUUUGAGAAGCAUUUGAAAAAGUUGUAAAGUCGUGCGGUCGUGUGUUUUUGAAACCGUGCUUUUAUGUACUUAAGUCAACACGCACAAACGGAGUUACGACACACAUACACACACUUAAGGCUCGUGAUUAUACGAAAGCAAGAGAGUAUAAUAAAUAGCAAAAAAGCAGAAACGAAGCCGCUUCACCACUAGUGCAACAAAAACAACAGCCCAAGGUCAUUGCAGAAUCUCGAGACGUAAGAUUUUCGGAUAUAAUUUAAGUUUCACGGGAUCGUGUAACGAGAAGUCGAGAUCAUGAGUUUCCACAAGAGUGACUCACGCACGCCGCUGGCGCCCACGUCAUAUACCAAAAUCCCGACAGUAUCGGCGAGCUAUGACAACGAGACGCACACCGGUUCGAGGAGUAGCGCGAUCAACUCGAGUCAACCAAAAUUCAUACGUCCGGAUAUGGUUGAUGUGCCGGCACAACAGGCCGCCGGAUCCACGUUGCCAUUGGUGUUGACGCGUAAAAAAGGCGAUGAGGAGGAUGUCAAUUAUAAUCCGUUCGAGCACCGGAAAGUCGAUCACCCGACCUCCGAUAUGGAGACCUUCGUGCAUCUGCUGAAGGGUUCACUCGGCUCCGGCAUACUUGCCAUGCCGAUGGCCUUCAUGAACGCUGGUCUGUGGUUGGGCUUAAUCGCCACCUUUGCGGUGGGCACACUUUGCACCUACUGUGUGCAUAUACUCGUCAAAUGCGCGCACAUUCUCUGUCGGCGGCGUAAAAUACCGAUGAUGGGUUUCGCCGAUGUGGCCGAACAAGCCUUCCUCGACGGACCGCCCGGUUUGAAUCGCUGGUCUCGUUUCAUCCGUUUCAUGGUAAAUGUCUUCCUUGUCAUCGAUUUGAUUGGCUGCUGUUGCAUUUAUCUGGUGUUCGUCGGCACAAAUGUCAAGGCGGUGCUGGAUGAAUAUAUGGACGAACCAUUGAAUAUCCGCGUAUGGAUUGUGAUCGUUACCUGCCCAUUGUUGGUAAUGUGCCUGGUGCGCAAUCUGAAGUAUCUCACACCCUUCUCGAUGAUCGCCAAUAUUUUGAUGUUUGUUGGCAUUGUGAUUACAUUCUACUAUGUAUUCGAUGAUUUGCCUGCACCAUCGGAACGCGAGGGCAUUGUGAAUGUCGUGCAGUGGCCACUCUUCUUCGGCACUGUCAUCUUCGCGUUGGAAGGUAUUGGUGUAGUUAUGUCGUUGGAGAACGACAUGAAGAACCCUACACAUUUCAUUGGUUGCCCAUCGGUGUUGAAUUUCGGUAUGGGUGUUGUGAUUUCGCUGUACACUUUGGUCGGAUUCUUUGGUUACUUGAAGUAUGGCUCGAAGACCCAAGGCAGCAUUACGUUGAAUUUGCCGGCAGAAGACAAAUUGGCUCAGUCUGUCAAGCUCAUGAUUGCCAUUGCGAUCUUCUUCACAUUUACGCUGCAGUUCUAUGUGCCGGUGAGCAUCAUUUGGAAGGGCAUUUCGCACAAGAUCUCCGAGGAGCGCAAAAAUAUUAGCGAAUACGCGCUGCGUAUUGCUUUGGUGAUCCUUUGCGGCGCCAUUGCCGUUGCGUUACCCAAUUUGGGUCCCUUCAUCUCACUUAUCGGUGCUGUGUGCCUGAGUACGCUCGGCAUGAUCAUACCAUCGGUCAUCGAAUUGGCUGUGUACCAUGAGGAUCCCGGCUAUGGCCGCUUCAAGUGGCGCCUAUGGAAGGAUAUCGGACUGAUUAUCUUCGGCAUUGUGGGCUUCGUAACCGGCUUAUACGUAAGCAUACUCGAGUUCCAUGCCGAAUUCAGUGGUGGCCAUAUUGGUGAAAAUGCCUCAUAAUUGAAGCAUCCGUGAGUGACCUGCAGUAUCACAAAGUAACAAAAACAAAAACACAAAAAAAUAUAAAUUUAAUUAUGCAAGAUAAUAAUAAUCUAAUAUACAUACAUAUAUAUAUAUACAUAAAUACAUAUGCAUAUAGCGUUAGUGAUGUAGUUUAGUAGGAAGCGUAAAAAAAAAACAAAAAAUGAAAAAAAAUACAAUAACAACAAUAAAUGCAGCUUUAUGUCGAUGCGCGCGCGUAUUUUGCAUAUCGAACAGUAAUUUUAACCAAACCAAACCAAAACAAAUGAACAGUUAACACAAUUCGUAGAACUAAUUGUAAUUAGUAAGCAAACACACACACACACACAUACACAUUUGUAGAGUAAAGCGUUAAUUUUAACAUUUAUAUAUUCGCGAAUAAUGAGAAACAAAACAAAAAUCUUAAAGAAAUCACCGUUUUCUGAACAAAUUACCGUUGAACUUUACAUGCGGCAUGUAUCUGCGCUGCGCUACACAGUUGAUUUAGUCAUGUAAGAUUUUUAUUUAGUUUGUAAAUGGAAAGCAAAAGCAAAAACAAAAACAAUGUAAUGUAUGUAUGUAAAAUUUUGAUUUCGUUUGCGCGCCACAAGCGUGUGGCAAGCGCAAAAGCGGCAAGCAAAGUAGUAGUAAUAUUGUAGUAUUUUUUUUUGUUCCUUCGCCGGCUGCGUCCGCAUGCGUCCAGCUGGCGAACUCCAAUUGGUCUGUGAAGUUUUCUCUUUUGCAAAGAAACAAAGAUUUUAUUUUUAAUGCAAGUUUAUGCUAAUUUAUAAUUUCUAAUUUACUAAAUAUGCAAACAAAGUAUUCACUCUAUGUGGUUUACGUGGCUGUUGACGCAGAUUGUUGAGCAAAUGGUUUGCGCAAACUUUUAGCGAAAAAGUUAAAACAUAUACUAUAUAUACAUAUAAUUAAAUGCUUUAAUUUUAACGGUAAACAAGAUAUUUGUAAACAAAUUGUGAAUUUGCAGUGAUUUAAAAGUA